UUGAAGCAAACCCACAACGUGAGUGUUUCGUAGUGCACUGUGUUACAAAGGUGCAACUAAAUUUUUUAAAUCAUACACCUACCAGUGGUGUUUGCUUGGAGAGAUGGCGUACAGAGGACAAGGACAGAAGGUGCAGAAGGUGAUGGUGCAGCCCAUUAACCUCAUCUUCAGGUAUCUACAAAAUCGUUCACGGAUCCAGGUGUGGUUGUAUGAACAGGUGAACAUGCGGAUAGAGGGCUGCAUCAUUGGUUUUGAUGAGUACAUGAACCUGGUUCUAGAUGAUGCUGAAGAAGUCCACAUGAAGACUAAGAACAGGAAGCCGCUUGGGAGGAUCAUGUUGAAAGGAGACAACAUUACCUUGCUGCAGAGCGUAUCCAGCUAGGACAAUGGAGUCAUCUACAAAUCUCACCUUUCCUAGAGAGAAUUUUUUUUUGUUUUUUGAGAAUACUGUUGAGUAUGUUUGUGUUUAUGUAACAUGAAUAUUGUUUGUUUCUUUUACCACAUGUUUUCAUUAUGAAAAUAAAGGUGUUUUUU